AUGAAGAGCAAAGAAGGCAUUGACCUGCUGGAGCGCACACAUGAAAUAUCAGAAAAGAUCAAGGCCAAAUGGAUCAGCCCAGAUAUGAGUGUAGAAGAACUGGAGCAGUACGUGAACCAGCAGUUCGAUGAGCUGCAUAGGCUGGUUCGCCUAGAGGAGUGGCGUGUCCUGCACCUGGUGGAUCUAAAGGAGGCGUUCCUCACUGCCCAGGCCGCUGAGAAGAUAACUGAGAUUAGUGUCCACACUGAAAAACUGCAGGAGGAAAUGGAUUCUAUCACACAACAGCUGAGUGAAUUGGAUCAGGUAGAGCAGGAUGGAGUUGCCCCUAUGUCCCUGUCCCCACUGUUGGCCGCCAGACUACCACGUCCACCUGAAGCUCUUGUGGAGCCCAUGCCACUGAAUCCUGAUUUGAGGCUAAGAGCAGCUAAUCAAAGGAGGGCCCCAGAAGAUCCUUCAGGAGAUGAAGACAGAGAAGAUGCAUAUAUUGGACAUGCACCCUAAAACUAGCAACCAUUCUGUCACCAUCUCUCCCAUCUUCUUUUCAUACCUCACUUGGUGGCAUAAAAACUAUGACUAUAUCUGAAUGUAACUGUGCUGAUGAUAUUUCUUCAUUUUAACCAGUUAUUUGAAUAUUUGCAGCUAAUUGUUUUAUGUUGAACCAAUUUAUUUCCUUUUUAAUGAAAGGCAAUAAAGUAAUAUGUAAAAGCUGAGGAGGCACAAACAAAACUAAAACGGAAUAUUUUGUCUGUUAUUUGUAUUGUGUUAAACAAACAAGAUUGUUUUAAACAGUUUAAACCAGUUACCAUGUAUUUGUGUUUGUUUGUUUAACAUUUGCUUUCUAAAAAUUAUUUAUAUACCACUCCUGGGCUAAUUGUACAAUUCAUGAAAUGCGGUCUCAUACCAUACAAACUCACAUCAUCAUGCUAUACUUUGAUUCUGUUUGAGCUUAAACGCAUUAGAUUAUAUAGUUGGUCUAGCUGUGCAUUGUUUCUAAUCCAUUUGUUGGCUACUUUUUCUUUAUCAGAAAGAAAUCCAUUUCCUGCGUCACUGAUGCCCAGUGUACCAAAUGUGUUUUAACCCUGAUCGUGACACGUUGCUAAACCAUUAUUGUGUGUUUAAGUAUUAGUGUGUUGUGUCUGCAAUUGGCUUGUAUGCUUUUUCUCAAUAUUGGAGGGACCACCAGGUCCUGUUUAUAUAUAUUUUAAGUAUCAAAAAGAAAUCUACAAAUGCAGCAAAACACUGAGAGAAAGAUUUGCUGCAUUAGUAGAUUUCUUUUUGAUACCUAAACUAUGCUUUGCUAAGUGGAAACAUGGCAUUAUAUUUUUGAUAUGGUCUUUGAUAGUGUGCAACAGUUAAGAUUGGUUAUACUCAACAACUUCUGCUUUUGUUCUGAUUAUUCCUUGCUGUAAACAAAUAAAAAAGUUUUUGAUCUUUUU